AUGACUGCCCUACAGCUCUUCCCAGCGUUCGCCCUCUAUCACGGGGUAUACGAGUUAACCCAGUCGUCCCUGAUAGGCUCCUACCAGGCCUCCCAGGGCACGCUCACCUGGGCCACCGCCGCCACCAAUGGCUACCUGACAGCUGUCGCGAUCCUGGCCGUCGAAUGGCUGGUUUUCCUGCUGCUCGCGAUCUACCUGGAUCAGGUGGUUUCCGCGGGUAGUGGCGUGAGGAAGCAUCCUCUCUUCUUCCUCCGCGGCUGCAAGAGCAGCUGCCAGAAGCUUCUUGGGUCGCUUCGGAAUGUUUUCCAACGCUGCAGGCUUGGGGGGGAUGCCCGGGUGCAUGCGGCCUUCCAGGAAGGUUCCUGGAGAAAGGAAGAGGGGGAGGAGUGGAAAGCAAGGGCGGCGGGGAGUGGGAAGGCGGAGUGGGGGGGAGGGGAGUUGGGAAGAGGUGUUGUGGGCGCGGGGCAAGGGACAGACGUGGGGGGGGAAAAGGAGAAGGCGAAAGGGUGUUUGGACCGACUUGAUGUGGAGCUAGAGGUGAGUGGUGGAGUGACAGACCCCCUCCCCUUUCUCCCACCCGCCACCUGCCCCUCCACCCGUCAGAAGCGCAAGGUGCAGCACCUCCUGCACACCAGCACCGCACCUGACCGCACCGCACACCACAGCAUCCUGUGCGCGGGCCUCUCCAAGGUGUACCCCAGCAGGGACGGCGGGGCGCCCAAGGAGGCAGUAGCCGGCAUGUGGCUGGGGGUGGCUCGGGGGGAGUGCUUGGGCAUGCUCGGGCCGAAUGGGGCGGGCAAAACGACAGCGCUGCGCAUGAUGAUGGGAUUCCUGCAGCCUAGUGAGGGCACGGCGGUCAUAGAGGGCAUGGGGAUUGCCGAGGAGAUGGACGGGAUUUACUCCAUCAUGGGUGUUUGCCCACAGCAUGAUCUUUCCCGCACUCCUCCCUUCCGCCCUACACUGCCACAUAGCCUCCUAUGGGAGCAGCUGACAGGUCGGGAGCACCUUCUGUUCUAUGGGCGCCUGAAGAAUCUUCGAGGCUCUUCACUCUCAGCAGCAGUGGAGGCGUCCUUAUCCAGGGUGCACCUACUCAAGGAGGCAGACAAGCCAGUGCAGCAGUACAGCGGCGGCAUGAAGCGGCGCCUCUCAGUCGCCAUAUCGCUUAUCGGAGACCCUCUUGUGGUGUACAUGGACGAGCCCAGCACGGGAUUAGACCCAUCAUCCAGGAUGCACCUGUGGAACGUGGUGAAGAAGGCAAAGAAGCACUCUCACAGCAUGGAGGAGGCAGACGCCCUGUGUGAUCGAAUGGGCAUAUUCGUGAAGGGGAGGUUUGCCUGCAUAGGCAGCGCACAGGAGCUCACAGCACGGUACGGAGGCCGCUUCAUCUUCACCCUCACCACUCCUGUGGACUACGAGGCUGCAGCUGCCCGGCUGGCGCUGUCCCUUUCUGUGAACGCUAGGAGAAUCUACAACCUCUCGGGCACCCAAAAGUUUGAGCUACCCGUGGAAGAUUUUACAUGCAUUCCUCUUGUUCCAAGCAAUUAUUGA